UGGCAGGAUGGCCAAGGGCAGCGCCAUGAACGACGACGACGAUUACUACGACGAGGACAUGGAUGGUGGAGGUGGCAAUUAUCGCCGCGGGGACCACGACAAAACCCACCCUCCUGCAGACAAGAAGGGCAAAGUCAUCUGCAAAUACUUCGUGGAGGGCCGCUGCACCUGGGGUGAGCACUGCAACUUCAGCCACGACAUUGAGCUGCCGAAAAAGAGGGAGCUGUGCAAGUUCUACAUCACUGGGUACUGUGCAAGGGCAGAGAACUGCCCCUACAUGCACGAUAUCCUUUGGGAAUGGUGGCAGAAAGAGGGCAGGACAGCGAAGAAAGUGCCCAAAAGCCAAAAGGAGCAGCCAGAAGGAGGGCGAAAAAGGCAGGAGGAGGCAAAAAACAAAAAAAG